AUGCCCCUCAUCGAAUACACCCAGCCCAGCCCCACGAUCCACCUCCUCACGCUCAAUGCGCCGCCGGACAAUCGGCUGACCCCUCCGCUCCUGCGCGAAUUGGGCGCGCACCUCGACACGAUCGAGGCCAAUUGGCGCAAGGCGGGCGGAGGUGAGAUGGACAAGGCCAAGCGGGAUGGGUUUGAGCACAAAGGCGCAGGCGCGGUGAUUUUGACCAGCGGGUGCAAGGGAUUCUUCUCGAAUGGGCUGGACUAUGCUCGGAGUCUCAAGGAGCCCAAGUUCUUCCAGGAAAUCUUUGAUCCGGUCAUGUACAGGCUAUUGACGUUCCCGCUCGUGACGAUUGCUGCUAUCAACGGGCAUGCGUUCGCGGGUGGCUUCAUCAUGGCCAUGUCCUGCGACUUUAGGCUCAUGACGUCGGGUCGAGGGUUGAUGUGCAUGAACGAGCUCACAUUCUCUUCGCCCAUGCCCAACUCGUUCGUCCCGCUACUUCGAGAGCGCAUCCCCAACCCACGCGACUUCCGAGACACGAUGAUGGCCCGGCGUUGGACGCAGAAGGAGGGGUUGGCUAUGGGGAUCCUGGACGAGGUGAUUGACGGGGAGAAGCUGAUGGACCGGGCGAUGGAGGUGGCAUUGCGGGAGGCACCAAAGGUCGCUCCUGGUCCUUGGGGCUUUAUCAAGCAACAAUCGUACCGCGAGUACAUCCUGGCCAGCCAGUCCGACCGACCCAUCAUGUUCCCGCACAUGGAAGCUCAGGCGUUCUGGAAGCGACACGGCGAUGCCAAGUUGUAA